AAGGUCUCCACUGGCUUCCCUGGUGUCGCCCAGCUGCUGGAGUGGCUUGAGCUCCCCAACGACAUCGUCAUGGUGCUGGAGCGCCCGGAACGAUGUCAGGACCUCCGGCAUUUCAUUCGGGCACGGGGGUUCCUGUCCGAGGAGGUGGCGCGGGAGCUGUUCCGCCAGGUGCUGGAGGCCGUGCAGCACUGCACCAGCUGCGGGGUCCUGCACAGGGACAUCAAACCAGAGAACAUCCUGGUUGACCUGGCCACCGGGCAGGCGAAAUUAAUCGACUUUGGCUGUGGCACCUACCUGCAAGACACGGCCUACAUUCACUUUGCAGGAACACCGUCAUACAGUCCCCCAGAAUGGACCCACUUUGGCUGGUACUACGGCAAGCCAGCUACCAUCUGGUCCCUGGGCAUCCUCCUGCACCAGAUGGUCUGCGGGGAGCACCCUUUCAGGAAGGGCCAGAACAUCAGCUGGGACCAUCAGCUCUCGCUGCCACAACGGCUCUCUCAAGGUGGAUCCUCAUCUCCGGGCAUGGGGGCAAUACCAGGCAAGGAGAAGGAGCCCCUGGAGGAGCUGUACCAGGUGGGGCUGCUGCUGCUGGAGACCUAG